AUGGUCCAUCUCGGCUAUGACUGGAAGGAAGUUGUGGCCGAGUACCUGUUUGCUGGCAAGGAGCCCAUGUUUGAUUCUAUCAUGGCAUCUCUCGGAUUGCCAUUGAUCCAUCUUGCGUACGCUUUUGAAAUGGAUAGUCGUGAGAUCGCAAUGGAAGCACUUGGGCUUGCAGCAACCUGCCACAAUGACAUCUACAAGUCCAUUGGGGACCCUAAGCACUCGACAAACGAGGCAUCGUACGAAUCAAAGUCUCUGUUUGCAAUCCUUGACACGGUGCGGAAAGAUAAGGACUUGGAUGGUCUCUUUCCCACUCCCGGCAGCGACAACCUCGAUACCCUUUUCGUCAGCCGCAACGCCGUGCUCCUCAACCACUGGAAGGCAUGGAAGAUCGAAAACCCAGUCGAGCAAUUCCGCGAGAGUCAAGAGCUUGCAGCUGCUUUGCUAGUUGGAACAGCUGCCGUCGAUUCGACCGGGCAGUACGAUUGGUUCUUCGCUUUGAACCUCGCAAGUAGCCAUGCCGUCCGUGUCAUGCUGCCUUUCAUACCUCCCCAGUUCCAAAUUUCUCUUAUUCGACAAUGGUGGUUAAUCUGCGUUGGCAUCUAUGUCGCACAACUGCGGCCCGAGAUCAAAAUGGACCAAAUCCGGAAUUAUGAUCUGAAUGGGAAGGACUGGGAAUGGGUUGCAGAGGAAGCUGUCAGUGGUCAAUUCUCAUCCAAUACGUACUUUGUUAAAACUACCCGAGCACUGAAGGAACUGGCCUCGACUUGGGGCGAUUCCGACAGCUUCUUCUUGAAGGCUGCUGUGCGAUUUGUGAUCGAGUUCAAGUGCUGGCGGGGUAACUUUGUCGGAUUUGAGCUGUAG